AUGGAUUACAGCAAAGAUCCACCGACCUCCAGCGAUGCGAGUUGGACCACCAUGACAGAUGUACCAGAUGAGGUAAACCAAGAAACGGCCUGUGCCGACCAAACGAUUGCUGAUACCCGGCCACGAAAGCGUCGACGCAUCACCUCUGGUGGUUCUAUUGCCGCCCAACCGGACUCCUCCACGAACCGCUCACCCCAACGACAUUGUUACUCGGAUAUUCGUCAACAUGCCAGUGGUUCCGUCCAAUUCUUGGAGCUUGGCGUGGAAAUUGGUUCACAAGAGACAUGCCGGACCUGUCGCAAGUCUAUAUCAAAUUAUUACUGUUCGAGAUGUGCCACCCCGACUUGUUCAAUUUGUACUCGUACAUGUUCCAUUGCUGCCAUAUCCACUCCGCCUACCCCUCUCUUAUGUUUCUCAGCAACACCAUCUCCGAGGCCCAGUUCCAAACGACUACUCGCGGAUGACUCCUCAGACAGUUUCGAAGGGAUAGACGCCGAUGAUCUUCGGAUGCGACUGUCCCGAUCUGGUAACCUACCUACCGCCUCCAAGAGGCGGUCGUCAUCAUCUGCGAUUUCAUCUUCUGGGCGCGAUGCCGAUAACGAAACCAACGAUACCUCCUGGUGGGAGGAACCGUCGUCUGGUGGGUGUGGGCGUGUCAUAUGUCAAGCCUGCGCGGUGGAGGAUGCUGAUAGUACUCCCAAGUCGCCAACCUUUUUCAGACGGUUCUAUCUGGCCAUAUCUUACACUCAACAACCUUGGAUCAUGUUACUUGCCAGAGUGACUCCUCCUACCACAUCAGCUGCGACCCCAACUGGGACUCCGAGUACACAGUCAGCAAUGAGCCGCACGAGCACAUACAAUACCGUUUCUUUUAUCAUUGCCGCAGUCGCUUUGACCGUCGGGUUCACCAUAUUCUACCAACUCUACUGGCGCAAACGGCCUUCAAAUCCCGAGCCAAGACUCUGCGUAUCCAGAGCCGGUGUAGCGCGCUUUGUCACGGGAGAUGCGAGAGAAAGGAGAGAAAGAGAGAGGAUCCUCGAGCAAGCCCAACGGGAACAAGGGCGCGAACCAUGUGCAGCCGAGUGGAGAACCCGAAGAGUAGAAGAGAGUCCUCGUGAUGGUACUCGUUUACCUAAAUACUCUCGUUCGCCGGAAUUCGUCCAGUCGACCCGUCCAGAGAUGGAAGGGGUAGGGUCACAUGUAGUCAUCCAAGUUCCGCCGCCGACUUACGAUCAAACCGUGGCGCGACCUCCGAGCCCCCGCCGAACCUAUGCAUAA